AUGUCUUUCAGAUCAAAGGUUCUGCUCGUGUCUGUGAUUCCUGUGACCGAAACAGGCAUAGUGCAUGCACUUUUAUAAUGACUGAAAUUAACUACUCAGUCUAACGAUAGGCAUAUUCUCAUAACCCAACAUUGUGAAAGUGUACCCUAACUUGUUUUGUCUGGCAUUAGACAUUGCUUCUUGAGAAUAAUUGUGUUCAGUGUUUAAUGAACCAACUGAUGUUAGUCAAACACUUCAAUUCACCAUUUGUGUCCAUUUGUAUUAAUGGCAAAUCUAUUGUUUCAAGAUGAGAAAACAAACUGCAUUCUACCUUUUUUUAGAAGUAUUGUAAUGUGCUGCUAUUUUUAACUACCAGCAGUGUUAGCUAUAUCAACAGUUCAAAUAAAAAUAUUUACACAAUUCUACUAAUUUUCCAUUCUCAAUAUGCCAUUGUCUUACACUGUAAACAAACCGUAUUCUACUAACAACUGCAGGUGUUAAAUGGAAGAUAAGUGAUGCGCCACCUGCACAAGCUCUGGUUCUAUUCACUUCAGCACUUUGGGCCCCACCUGUGGCAGAAAGGUGUGUCACAGCCAUGCGCCAAGAUCAAUUAUAUAAAGAAUGAUGGAAAAAAACUUUGUAGUACUUUAAAUGAAAUUGUGGGCAGAAAGACAAAUUCAACUCCAUCUUUUAUCGAAUCAGAUUACUUAUUAAUCACAAAACCAUUUGAUGUUGCCAAUUAUUUUAAUGAUUGCUUCAUUGGCAAAGUGGGCAAACUUAGGCAGGAAAUGCCAACAAUGAACAGUGAGCCAUCGUAUUCAUGCAUAAAAAAACUAAUAAUGAAAGAAAAGCAUUGCAAGUUAGAAUUUUGUAAAGUUAGUGUGGGAGAGGUGGGGAAAUUAUUGUUAUCAAUCAAUAAUGACAAACCUCCUGGCAUUGACAACUUAGAUGGAAAGCUACUGAGUAUGGUAGCUGACUCUACAGCCACUCAUAUCUGUCAUAUCUUUAAUCUGAGCCUAGAGGAAAGUCUUUGUCCUCAGGCCUGGAGGGAAGCCACAGCAAUUCCGCUACCCAAGAAUGGUAAAGCGGCCUUUACUGGUUCUAACAGCAGACCUACAGUGAGGGAAAAAAGUAUUUGAUCCCCUGCUGAUUUUGUACGUUUGCCCACUGACAAAGAAAUGAUCAGUCUAUAAUUUUAAUGGUAGGUUUAUUUGAACAGUGAGAGACAGAAUAACAACAACAAAAAUCCAGAAAAACACAUGUCAAAAAUGAGGGAAAUAAGUAUUUGACCCCCUCUCAAUCAGAAAGAUUUCUGGCUCCCAGGUGUAUUUUAUACAGGUAAUGAGCUGAGAUUAGGAGCACACUCUUAAAGGGAGUGCUCCUAAUCUCAGCUUGUUACCUGUAUAAAAGACACCUGUCCACAGAAGCAAUCAAUCAAUCAGAUUCCAAACUCUCCACCAUGGCCAAGACCAAAGAGCUCUCCAAGGAUGUCAGGGACAAGAUUGUAGACCUACACAAGGCUGGAAUGGGCUACAAGACCAUCGCCAAGCAGCUUGGUGAGAAGGUGACAACAGUUGGUGCGAUUAUUCGCAAAUGGAAGAAACACAAAAUAACUGUCAAUCUUCCCCGGCCUGGGGCUCCAUGCAAGAUCUCACCUCGUGGAGUUGCAAUGAUCAUGAGAACGGUGAGGAAUCAGCCCAGAACUACACGGGAGGAUCUUGUCAAUGAUCUCAAGGCAGCUGGGACCAUAGUCACCAAGAAAACAAUAGGUAACACACUACGCCGUGAAGGACUGAAAUCCUGCAGUGCCCGCAAGGUCCCCCUACUCAAGAAAGCACAUAUACAGGGCCGUCUGAAGCUUGCCAAUGAACAUCUGAAUGAUUCAGAGGAGAACUGGGUGAAAGUGUUGUGGUCAGAUGAGACCAAAAUCGAGCUCUUUGGCAUCAACUCAACUCGCCGUGUUUGGAGGAGGAGGAAUGCUGCCUAUGACCCCAAGAACACCAUCCCCACCAUCAAACAUGGAGGUGGAAACAUUAUGCUUUGGGGGUGUUUUUCUGCUAAGAGGACAGGACAACUUCACCGCAUCAAAGGGACGAUGGACGGGGCCAUGUACCAUCAAAUCUUGGGUGAGAACCUCCUUCCCUCAGCCAGGGCAUUGAAAAUGGGUCGUGGAUGGGUAUUCCAACAUGACAAUGACCCAAAACACACGGCCAAGGCAACAAAGGAGUGGCUCAAGAAGAAGCACAUUAAGGUCCUGGAGUGGCCUAGCCAGUCUCCAGACCUUAAUCCCAUAGAAAAUCUGUGGAGGGAGCUGAAGGUUCGAGUUGCCAAACGUCAUGCUCGAAACUUUAAUGACUUGGAGAAUGUCUGCAAAGAGGAGUGGGACAAAAUCCCUCCUGAGAUGUGUGCAAACCUGGUGGCAAACUACAACAAAUGUCUGACCUCUGUGAUUGCCAACAAGGGUUUUGCCACCAAGUACUAAGUCAUGUUUUGCAGAGGGGUCAAAUACUUAUUUCCCUCAUUAAAAUGCAAAUCAAUUUAUAACAUUUUUGACAUGCAUUUUCUGGAUUUUGUUGUUGUUAUUCUGUCAAAUUAUAGACUGAUCAUGUCUUUAUCAGUUGGCAAACGUACAAAAUCAGCAGGGGAUCAAAUACUUUUUUCCCUCACUGUAUAAGCUUGCUGCCAGCUCUUAGCAAACUGUUGGAAAAAAUUGUGUUUGACCAAAUACAAUGCUAUUUCUCUGUAAACAAAUUAACAACAGACUUUCAGCAUGCUUAUAGGGAAGGGCACUCAACAUGUACUGCACUGACACAAAUGACUGAUGAUUGGUUGAAAGAAAUGGAUAAUAAGAAGAUUGUGGGAGCUGUACUGUUAGAUUUCAGUGCAGCCUUUGAUAUUAUUGACCAUAACCUGUUGUUGAAAAAAUGUAUGUGUUAUGGCUUUUCAACCUCUGCCAUAUCGUGGUUUCAGAGCUAUCUAUCUAAUAGAACUCAAAGGGUUUUCUUUAAUGGAAGCUUCUCUAAUGUCAAACAUGUAAAGUGUGGUGUACCACAGGGCAGCUCUCUAGGCCCUCUACUCUUUUCUAUUUUACCAAUGACCUGCCACUGGUAUUAAACAAAGCAUGUGUGUCCAUGUAUGCUGAUGAUUCAACCAUAUACGCAUCAGUAACCACAGCUAAUGAAGUCACUGAAACCCUUAACAAAGAGUUGCAGUCUGUUUUGGAAUGGGUGGCCACUAAUAAACUGGUCCUGAACAUCUCUAAAACUAAGAGCAUUGUAUUUGGUACAAAGCAUUCCCUAAGUUCUAGACCUCAGCUGAAUCUGGUAAUGAAUGAUGUGGCUGUUGAACAAGUUGAGGAGACUAAAUUACUUGGCGUUGCCUUAGAUUGUAAACUAUCAUGGUCAAAACAUAUAGAUUCAAUGGUUGUAAAGAUGGGGAGAGGUCUGUCCCUAAUAAAGAGAUGCUCUGCUUUUUUGACACCACACUCCAAAAAGCAAGUUCUGCAGGCUCUAGUUUUGUCUAGUCUUGAUUAUUGUCCAGUCGUGUGGUCCAGUGCUGCAAGAAAAGUUAAGCUGAUGCCGGCCCAAAACAGAGCGGCACUCUUGCUCUUCAUUGUAAUCAGAGGGCUGAUAUAAAUAAUAUGCAUUCCAUUCUCUCUUGGCUAAGAGUUGAGGAGAGACUGACUGCAUCACUUAUUUUUAUAAGAAACAUUAAUGUGUUGAAAAUCCCAAAUUGUUUGCAUAGUCAACUUACACACAGCUCUGACACACACACUUACCCCACCAGACAUGGCACCUGGGGUCUUUUCACAGUACCUGUUAUGAUGAGUUUCUCAGGUAUCAAAGAAUCAAGGAUGCAAGAAUAUACUUAGACAUUCUGUGGAGAUUUCAUACCAAGUAUUUAUUGAAUCACGAGCUCGUGGGUUCAUCUAACAAACGGACAUGGCUUUGCCCUUCGUCAGUUGAACUAACUUGACAAAGAAGACACUCUAUCUUAUAUAGCCUUUAUUACCAUCUUCCUGGCAUACAUCUGGCAAGUCUCCAUGGGCAUUCCCUGUCUUUGAUGUUCAUCACUUUUUACCCCAAGUCAGUAUCCUAAACAUUACUCAUGCUAUCCUAAACAUCACUAAUCUACCUUGACAUAAUGGAAUGUAGACUUCAUGGCCCCAAACCACUCAUCUCUUAACUCUUCCUCUGUCCUCACAACACCAUGGCAUGACAUCAUUAUACCAUAAAAACAUAAUAUCAGUACCCAAAUCCAGAACAAUUUCAAGAAAGCGUACUGUAUUAUAUAGAGCCAUUAUUGCAUGGAACUCCAUCUCAUAUUGCUCAAAUAAACUGCAAACCUGGUUUCAAAAACAGAUAAAGCAGCACCUCACGGCACAACGCCUCUCCCGUAUUUGACCUAGAAUAAUGUAUGUAUUGAUAUGUAGGCUACGUGUGCCUUAAAAAAAAAAGAUGUAGUUCUGUCCUUGAGCUGUUCUUGUCUAUUAAUGUUCUGUAUUAUGUCUUGUUUUGUGUGAACCCCAGGAAGAGUAGCUGCUAUUUUUCAACAGCUAAUGGGGAUCCUAAUAAAAUACCAAUACCAACUGGUUAUUAAUAUUGUGUACUAGGAGUAGCCUAAUAUGCCUAGAUGAUAGCUCAAACCAACUUGCUUCUUUUUUUGCACUGACUUAUAAUUAGGAAAAAUAAAUCUCACAGUGCAAUGUCCGGACUCAAUGGAAAAUCCAAGGAAAAAGAGGGGUUAGAGAAAGUCAGCAGUCCCUAGCACAGAAACUGACUAGGAGGAGCCUGUAAAAAAGACCAACACAGAAAACUCCCAAAAAGACACCUACCAAAAAGUCUCCACAGAAAAAGGCAGUAGUCUUGAGCGUAAACGGUGAACAGGAGCCUGCCAAAAAGACCGCUGCCAAGAAGACCCAACAGGAAACACCACAGGUCAGCUCCACAUCCGCCCCUGCAGUCCCGAACCUGAGGGAGACUCCAGAGGAGCCUGAAACCUGGCGGCAGACCCAAGCGGAGGGCAGCAAAAGCGUAUGUGGCAUCAUCUAGUCACCCAUCAGUUUGAUUCUGUUACAGCAAGUAAGCAGUCUCUGAUGGUGAAUGCAACUCUAAGAGCUGCUCUAUUAGUGGGGAUUUCAGUGAAUGAGCAGCAGUAUUCUUCUUGUUUGGCCAGUGUUUUAUACAGCUACCUUUUACUCUCUAUGCUUUUCAUCUUUCAAUAUCUUAUUCACUUUGGGUGGACUGUAUUAUUAAAAACUACCAGAAAAGGCCACCAAGUCAAACAUUGUCUUCACAUUUUAAACAACAUUUACGUGUUUAAAAAUGUAAUGCUCCAUUGACCCAUUGUUUUAUGCCUCUGUUCUGUUUCAGUGCAUUGCAGUACCUUCACACCCUGACCAAGGAGGUUUACAACCAACCUGACAAUGCUACUAAGAAUGACUGGGAGUCUAGCUCAGGCCCCUGCUCCAGCUCAACCCAGCCCCAGAAAAAGACUAGAGGCAAGGGAAAGAAGAGGAAAGCCCCUGAAUUUGACAGUGACAACACCGCAAAGGAUAAGGACUUCGUUUCAGAAAAUAAAGACUAUGAGGAGGAGGAAAGCGAGGAUGAAGAUACUCAAGAAGACUUAGACUUGGAGCUGAGGCACACACCACCAAAAGACCUUAGAUCCAUUUCCAGAGGUCAUGUGAGUACCUCCAGGCAAAUGGGGAGAAAUUGGGAGGGAUUUUGCCCUCUAGACGGCCAGUCUCUGAGACCAAUGACAAGCUAAAUAUUGACUUUUGGCUGACUUAUCUUUUUUUUUGUCACUCAGUCAGGUCAAGCCUGAUACCAUGGUAAGGCCGCCAAUGGACUGACCAACAACAUGUUGGGACCAAUCUGGAUGUGCACCAAAACCACCAAGAAGUUGUACAGUGGGGGAAAAAAGUAUUUAGUCAGCCACCAAUUGUGCAAGUUCUCCCACUUAAAAAGAUGAGAGAGGCCUGUAAUUUUCAUCAUAGGUACACGUCAACUAUGACAGACAAAUUGAGAAAAAAAUAUCCAGAAAAUCACAUUGUAGGAUUUUUUAUGAAUUUAUUUGCAAAUUAUGGUGGAAAAUAAGUAUUUGGUCACCUACAAACAAGCAAGAUUUCUGGCUCUCACAGACCUGUAACUUCUUCUUUAAGAGGCUCCUCUGUCCUCCACUCGUUACCUGUAUUAAUGGCACCUGUUUGAACUUGUUAUCAGUAUAAAAGACACCUGUCCACAACCUCAAACAGUCACACUCCAAACUCCACUAUGGCCAAGACCAAAGAGCUGUCAAAGGACACCAGAAACAAAAUUGUAGACCUGCACCAGGCUGGGAAGACUGAAUCUGCAAUAGGUAAGCAGCUUGGUUUGAAGAAAUCAACUGUGGGAGCAAUUAUUAGGAAAUGGAAGACAUACAAGACCACUGAUAAUCUCCCUCGAUCUGGGGCUCCACGCAAGAUCUCACCCCGUGGGGUCAAAAUGAUCACAAGAACGGUGAGCAAAAAUCCCAGAACCACACGGGGGGACCUAGUGAAUGACCUGCAGAGAGCUGGGACCAAAGUAACAAAGCCUACCAUCAGUAACACACUACGCCGCCAGGGACUCAAAUCCUGCAGUGCCAGACGUGUCCCCCUGCUUAAGCCAGUACACGUCCAGGCCCGUCUGAAGUUUGCUAGAGUGCAUUUGGAUGAUCCAGAAGAGGAUUGGGAGAAUGUCAUAUGGUCAGAUGAAACCAAAAUAGAACUUUUUGGUAAAAACUAAACUCGUCGUGUAUGGAGGACAAAGAAUGCUGAGUUGCAUCCAAAGAACACCAUACCUACUGUGAAGCAUGGGGGUGGAAACAUCAUGCUUUGGGGCUGUUUUUCUGCAAAGGGACCAGGACGACUGAUCCGUGUAAAGGAAAGAAUGAAUGGGGCCAUGUAUCGUGAGAUUUUGAGUGAAAACCUUCCAUCAGCAAGGGCAUUGAAGAUGAAACGUGGCUGGGUCUUUCAGCAUGACAAUGAUCCCAAACACACCGCCCGGGCAACGAAGGAGUGGCUUCGUAAGAAGCAUUUCAAGGUCCUGGAGUGGCCUAGCCACUCUGUUGACUGGUCGGGCCCUUUCCUGGCUGCCACGGAGUGGGAGAGCCAAACUCCGGCGUGCUCCGAUUCCGGUCAUGGGCCUGGGCGGCCUGCCGUUGGGGUCGGGCUUCAUCACCCGGCGCACUGUUCCUGUGCGUGUCCGGUGGUGGAGGGGGGCUAUGGGAGGAUAUCCAGUUUUUCAUUGUGGACUCUCCGGAGAGUCCCCUCGAUGUGGGGAACCGUGAGCUGCUAGUGGUCAAGCUCGCCCUGGGGGAGUGGAGACAUUGGCUAGAGGGGGCCGCCCAUCCAUUUGUCGUAUGGACUGACCACAAGAACUUAGCCUACAUUCAGGGGGCCAAGAGGCUCAACUCGCGCCAGGCCAGGUGGGCGUUGUUCUUCACCAGGUUCCGGUUCACCAUCUCAUACCGUGGACCUGGUGGAGAGGGAUGACCCCAUUGUCCCCAAUGCCCUGAUUGCUGCCCCAGUUUCGUGGGGAAUCAAUAGGCUGGUCAGAGAAGCGCUACGGCGGGAGCCCGUUCCGGGCGGAGGUCCAUCAGGGAGGUUGUACGUACCCAAGGCUGCGCGCUCGCGACUGCUUCAGUGGGCGCAUGCGUCCGACCUCACCAGCCAUCCGGGGGGCGCCAGGACAUUGGAGUUCCUGCGUAGGAGGUUCUGGUGGCCAUCUGCUGAGGGGGAUACGCGCGCCUUCGUGGCUGCUUGCCCGGUGUGCGCGCGCACGAAGAGCUCACGUCAGCCCGCGGCAGGGCUGCUCCGACCCCUGCCUAUCCCCAAACGCCCCUGGUCCCACAUCUCGCUGGAUUUCAUUUCCGUCUUACCCCCCUUUGAUGGAUAUACAGUCAUCCUGGUCUUGUGGACCGGUUCUCGAAGGCUGCCCACUUCAUUCCCCUUCCCAAACUCCCGUCGGCCCAGGAGACGGUUAAGUUGGUGUUGCAGCACGUUUUCCGGGUCCAUUGCCUUCCCCAAGAUGUGGUGUCGGAUCGGGGCCCUCAGUUUUCCUCCAGGUUCUGUAAGGCGUUUGUCACCUGCCUCUGCGCCUCCGUCAGCUUGUCUUCCGGCUUCCAUCCCCAGUCGAACGGGCAGAUGGAGCGCGUCAACCAGGAUCUGGAGGGGGUGCUGAGGUGCUACGCCUCCAGCAACCAAGCUACGUGGAGUCAGCGACUGGCGUGGGCGGAGUACGCCCACAACACCCUUCUCUGCUCGUCCACCGGCCUGUCCCCCUUCCAGUGCCAAUACGGGUACCAACCCCCCCUAUUCCUUGAGCAAGAGGAGGAGGUGGCGGUCCCGUCAGUCCAGGCCCACAUCAGUCGCAGUCGGCGCACCUGGAGGCAGGUAUGGGCGGUGCUUAAGUGGGCCUCUGUCAGGUCUCAACAUCAGGCCAACCGCAGGCGUCGCCCGGCCCCGGUCUUUCGCCCGGGACAGAGGGUGUGGCUCUCCAUGCGGGAUCUUCCCCUCCGUGUGGAGUCCAGGAAGCUGUCCCCCCGGUUCGUCUGGCCAUUCAGAGUGGUCCGGCGAGUCAACCCAGUGGCCUACCGCCUGCAACUUCCCCCCACCAUGCGGGUGCAUCCCACAUUCCAUGUGUCCCUCCUCAAGCCCAUCGCCACCUGUCCCCUGGCUCCCCCUCCUCGUCCUGUUCCCCCGCUGCAACUUGUCGGAGGGCAGCCGGCUUUUACUGUGGACUGGAUCCUGGACUGCCAGAUGGGGAGGGGUCUCCUUUUUCUGGUGGACUGGGAGGGUUAUGGGCCAGAGGAGCGGUCCUGGGUGCCCAGGAGGGACAUUCUGGACCCAGGGCUGAUAACAACAUUCCGUCGCCUCCACCCGGAGGCGCCGAGGUGAGCGGCUGGGGCAAUUUGUCGGGGGGGACACUGUUACAGGAGUCGAUCGCAGUUCCAAAGUGACCCACUAGGUGUCAUCCUCCGACAACCUUAGGCACCUCUUCACUCACAGUUGGGACUAAUCAUCUUCUUAUUGGUGUCACCUGUGUCUAUCUGAUUCACCAGUGUAUUUAUGCCCUCACUUCCAUGUGUUCCCUUGCUCAGUUUUCUUUGCUAGUUUCACUAUGCCAAGCAGUACUAAUCAGUGUCUGAUCGCGGGAUGUAUGAAUAGGUACGUGAGAAGUGUUCUCCCUGUUUAUUUAUUAUUUCAACGUAGACUUUGAUUUGAAGCCAUUCUUGUGAUUUUGCUAUUCAUUGUAAAUGUUGUGGGCCUACGUAGCUAAGUAUCUAUGAUCAUAUGCUAUACAUGUUUUUUGUAUGUUGUUUUUAUCUGUGAAUUGGCCAAUGCUAUUAGGCCACACCCGGCCAUGAUUACAGACACCUGCGUGUGUCCUUUCACACUAUAUAAACCAGUGACCUGCAGUGUUUGUCAUUAUACCCUGAUGAGGACAGCUUGUCUGUCGAAACGCUGGUUAUUAAGAUAUUAAAUUAUUGCAUCUGAGCUCCUAGAGUGUGUGGCUUUCCUUUUCUUUUUGAAGUGUUUAUGCCGUCAGCCAGCACCUCGCCUAAAUAGGUGUGCGUUUCUUUCGCCUUUAUUUCAGUCAGUUAGUAUUUCGUAUUUUUGUCUGUCUGCCUGUUUUUUGGAGUCUUAUUUGCUCUGCCUUUUUCCUGUAAAGUCCGUUAUUUUGUAUCCUGGUUUCGGGACCAUCAGUAAAGUUCCUUGUUUCACCAUCUCUGCCUACUGUCUAACCUGCACCGCACCUGGGUCACACCUCACACCAACACUUACAGGUAAUAGGGGAUCAGUGUAAUAUCAGUGUCUCUUUUUCACUUCCAGUUCUCUUGAAUUACUCUUUCUCCAUCUGCCUAUCUUCUUGGUAUUUUUCUCCCUUUCUCUGGGCUAUUUCCCCCAUCUCUCUGCCUCCACCCCUCCUCUCACCCUCCUCAGUCCACUCCACGUUUGGCCUAUGGCAUUGCCCAGGAUAAAGGCUCUGUGUGGAACGUGAAGUGGUGCCCAGGAGGAGCCUGGGAGCUGCCCACAACUAACAAAGGUAGGAACAGAAGCACACAGAGACGCAGGGACAUGUUAUCCACAUCAUUAAUACCUGUUUGGCACUGCAUGAUGGAGGCAGCUAAAGCCUCAACAUGACUGUGAAAGAACUGUACAAGACGCUGAGCUAAAUAAUAUACAAUUCAUGACUCUCUCUCUCCGGCAGGCCCCUCAUAUGCCCAGACUGUGUCUCCUGGAUGCCUCCACGUCAGACAGUCACAUCAUCUACAGCAUGCCUCAACCCAACACACUGCAGGCCCGCAGGAAACACACCACUAAAGGUUAG